AUGGCAACCCUCAGGAUCCGUACCUCCAACACUACGCCGCCCAAUGUGCUUGCCCCCAAUCUUCCUCUAUCCUCUAGUCUCUUCAACGGACAGCCCUACAAGAUUGUUCUACUGCCUGCCUCAGCCUUGACCACAGGAACACGGGCAGUGCUUUUCAGGAUUCUUGAUCAAAACAUGAAGACUAUCCAAGAUAACUCUUCAUUCCCAUAUACGGAGGAGUCGAAGCAAGAAGAAAUGUUCGACCCCACCUCACGAUUCCUUCUUGCCCUCGAGUCAUCGGCCUCUGUCCCUGCAUUAGAGGGCAAACGACCGGAAGAGAUGUCUUCAGUGGCGGAGCUCACGGAGGAGGAUGUUCUCGGCUUUGUGGAGUGGCGCUUCGAUACAGAGGAGACUUUGCGAGGGAGUGACGUCGAGGUUGCCUAUCUGUAUGAAAUACAGUUGACAUCCUCAUCCAAAGGACUCGGUAUUGGUAGACACUUGAUGGAGAUCUUGGAGGAGAUCGGGGACCGACGGCAGAUGCAGAAGGUCAUGUUGACGUGCUUGAAGACCAAUCCCAAGGCUUUGCAAUUCUACGCGAAGCUGGGCUACGAAGCAGACGAGAUCGAUCCUACACGAAUGGCGGAAGAGGACUCUGAGAGCGACGGAGACAGUAAUGACAGCGAUGAUGAGGAUGAAGAGGUCGUUGACUAUGUCAUUCUGAGCAAAGCCUUAAGUAGGCUCAAGCGGUAA